AUGGAUAUUUUUGUGCUUGGAUCUUGUCCUCAACACGAGCGUUUAGUAGUUCAUCCCCAUACACUUUAUGUUCACUCAUACAAAACACCUACAUUCUGUGAUUUUUGUGGGGAAUUACUUUUUGGACUAGUCAAACAAGGAUUGAAAUGUCAAGGUUGCGGUUUAAACUAUCACAAGCGGUGUGCCUCCAAAAUUCCAAACAAUUGUAGCGGUAGUAGACAACGUAGACCUUCGGCUAUACCUUUGUCACCCCGAAAUUCAGUUGGAUUUCAAUCACCAAUUUUUGGUAGCGGCAACAUUUCUUCCCAAGCAUUAAAUGGCCUUUCUACUACUCUCCCACCUAGAGCAUCAUUUUCCUCGGCAUCUUUUACAGAAACUUCAAGUGUUGUUUCUUCUAUAUUUCCUUGUACAACUUGCAAUAAUAAUUUUAAAAAUUUAUCAACAAUAUCAACAAAUUCUAAUAAUUCAAAUAUUAAAAAUCAAAAAGAAGAAAAAGGAGGGGGAGGGGGAGGAGGAACACAACAACAACAACAACCAGCUAUUUGUGUUACUAGUGAACGGUCUUUGGAUGAUGGAGAUCCGAUUGGAGGAAAUGUUUGUAGUUUUUUUUUCAAUUAAAUUUUGAAUCACAAAAUUUUCCAAGUUUAUUUUAAAUCCUUCCAAACUUUUUAAUUUUACUUUUU